GGUAAAUGAAGAUAUAUGAGAGAUGAGUUUAAUGAGUUCUGCGUAAAUGAAGCUUCCUCAUAAUUUCCUUCCCCGACAUGGACGAACAAAAGGACGAAAUCGUCGACGAGUUCACAACCGACGAUUCGAGCUGGGCAGCGAUCGGAGGAGGCUGCGAUUCCGACGGCGCUUACUUCUUCGACGGCGUCGGGAAGGACGACGACAGCAACGUACUCGGCGACUUCGGCUGGAGUUUCCAGGCGGAUCACGGCAGGAUCGGAUCUGAUUUUGCGGGAAACUGCUGCAGCGACAGGUUCCCCGUCCAGGAGGGUCCGGCAGCGGCGAGCGGGGGCGGAUCGGAACCGGCAGCGGUUCGUGCGGCGGAGCAGACGUCGUCGAGCUCCGAUGACGACGCGCCGGAGAAGUCCACCGCAUCCGGUGGAUCGAGAUCGCGGCCGCCUGCAGACACAGCAUGCAAAGGCAAGAAGAAGGGGCAGGCGCGGAUGAGACAACCUCGCUUUGCCUUCAUGACUAAAAGCGAAGUCGAUCAUCUCGAAGAUGGCUAUAGGUGGCGGAAAUAUGGUCAAAAAGCUGUUAAAAACAGCCCCUUUCCGAGAAGUUACUACCGUUGCACGAAUACAAAAUGCACCGUGAAGAAAAGAGUGGAGCGGUCAUCCGAAGAUCCGACGGUUGUGAUCACAACAUACGAAGGGCAACACUGCCACCACGCCGUGGGGUACCCCAGAUGCGGCGGCGCCGGAGGAUUUAUGGGCGACCCGGCGGCGGGAUUUCUGGGCCACACGUACACAUUGAACUCGCAGUUCUACCUCCCAACUGGGCUCCACCAACAAUUCCCUCAAGAUGGGCCGUCGUCUCUGGGCAUGUUGUCGCAUCAGAACCGGCCCGACAGCAAUAGUAGUGAUAAUGGGGAGCCCAAUCCAGAUUCGUUCUUAUUGGGCCAUGACCCACAACUGCUUCCACCACCACCCGAUGAAGGCCUGCUUGGGGAUAUGGUGCCGCCUGGAAUGCGAAACAAGUGAAAACUUUUACUUUUACUCGGUAAAACUCCCUAUGAAGACAGAAGAAUAUGAAAAAAUAUAAUGUAAAGCUUACC